UUUGAACUGCUUCGGCUCCCGUAAUUCCCCUCCAGUUUCCUACAAUACUGUGGAGAGGCUUGUCGAAUGACGGCCUAGAUAUGGAAUGGUCGUUUUGGGCAAAGCUGGGUGUCUCAGUCCUCUUUUUCCCUUUGCUGAUUCUUUUCGUCCUGCGGUUGGUGAAGCGACGUCCUGUCACUCCUAAUGCUGAUGUCAAACUCCUGGUGGUUGCCGGUUCUGGAGGACAUACAACAGAAAUCUUAAGACUGCUUAGCAGCCUCUCCAAGAAAUACUGUCCCAGGCACUAUGUUUUGGCUGAUUCAGAUAAGAUGAGUGAAGAAAAAAUCCGUUCUUUUGAACAAAAAAGAGCUGCAAAAUACCCUGAUUCGUCGGAAUUACAGUUCGCCCUCCAUCGCAUUCCCAGAAGUCGAGAGGUCCGUCAGUCCUGGAGCUCUUCACUGCUAACCACCAUUCGUUCCUUAUUUUAUUCUCUUCCUUUGGCCUUCAGGCUCAACCCAGAUGUGGUGCUGUGCAAUGGCCCAGGAACGUGUGUUCCCAUAUGUCUAUCUGCCUUAUUACUCAAAAUACUGGGACUAAAGAAAAUAACCAUUGUGUACGUCGAGAGCAUCUGCCGUGUUGAAAACCUAUCUCUGUCAGGAAAAAUUCUUUACCACUUUUCAGAUUACUUCAUUGUCCAGUGGCCUGCUCUAAAAGAAAAAUAUCCUAAAUCUCUCUAUUUUGGGAGAAUAGUGUGACAAGCUACGGACAAAUAUAACUAAUUCCAGUAUGACCACUAAAAAAUUUUGGGAGUCUGAAUUUCUUUCAAACUAGACCUGAUGGUAAAUCAAACAGACUGUAUGUGUCUGUCAUCCGAGGUCACAUAGUUGACACCAGUGGUGGGAUUCAAGUUUUUUUUUACUACCGAUUCUGUGGUUGUGGCUUGCUGGGCGUGGCAGGAGAAGGAUAUUGUAAAAUCUCCAUUCCCACCCCAC